UUUAUUGAAAUAAAUCCGCCAUUAGUUUCAUCACAAUCAACCAUCAAAAUUUAUUCAAUAAAAUGUUCAAAAAAGCUAAAAAGACAAAAUGAAGAUUAACAAAGAAACUUUAAAGGGAACCUUAGAAGGCUAAAAAAUGAUCUAAAAGAUGCACACUCAAUUCCUUUCUUCAUAUUCUCAAGCUCAAUUGGGUUUCUCCUUGGAAUCCAGUUCCUUUCCUUUGUUGAAUCUUUUUGUAAUUCCUUCCCUUUUCUUACCACAAAGGACAACUUUUUCUUCACUUAAUGAAUUGUAACUUUUUUCUGUAUAAAUGCAGUUAGAGAAACAGAAAUCCAAUAAACCUCAGGAAACAUGACUAAUAGCUACAUUUUAUGCUUCAUUUUGCUGUGCUUGAUUGGUGGUCAAGGGCUGGUUAAGGGGGUAAAAGGGCUGGCAUGCAACUGGGGAACCCAAUCAACUCACCCUUUACAACCUAACAUAGUGGUGCAGCUUUUGAAGGACAAUGGUUUUAACAAGGUCAAGCUUUUUGAAGCUGAUCCUGGGGCACUAAAGGCUCUAGGGCGUUCUGGUAUCCAAGUUAUGGUUGGGAUACCAAAUGAUCUUCUAGCACCACUUGCAAGUAGCCCCCAGGCUGCUAUAAACUGGGUGCAGCAAAAUGUGUCUAACUAUGUAUCUAAAUAUGGGGUGGAUAUAAGGUACGUAGCUGUGGGAAAUGAGCCUUUCCUCAAGACCUACAAAGACAUGUAUCUUCAGACAACAUUUCCAGCACUGAAAAAUAUUCAAGCAGCCUUGAUCAAAGCUGGCUUAGCCAAGAAAGUGAAGGUUACAGUACCACUAAAUGCAGAUGUCUACCAGAGUGAUAGUGGUCUACCUUCUGGUGGCAAUUUUCGAUCCGAUAUCCACGACCUCAUGAUCUCUAUGAUCAAGUUUCUCAGUGACAAUGACUCUCCUCUCACCAUCAACAUCUACCCAUUCCUUAGCCUCAAUGCAGACCCCAAUUUCCCCAAAGAUUUCGCCUUCUUCAAUGGCACAGCUGCCCCAGUUGUUGAUGGAUCCAUACCUUAUACCAAUGUCUUUGAAGCAAACUUUGACACCCUCAUUUCAGCUCUUGAAAAGAACGGUUUCUCAACAAUGCCUGUCAUCAUUGGCGAAGUUGGAUGGCCAACAGAUGGCGAUCCUAGCGCCAAUGCACAGUAUGCCCAGAGGUUCAACCAAGGCCUUCUCGAUAGAAUAUUUCAAGGGCAAGGCACCCCAAGACGCAAGACCCCACCUGAUGUCUACCUGUUUUCACUCAUUGAUGAAGAUGACAAGAGCACCCUGCCUGGGAAUUUUGAGAAACACUGGGGUAUUUUCUACUUCGAUGGAGCGAUCAAGUACCAAUUGAAUAUGGCAAAUGGUAAAUCUCUAGUUCCGGCAAAAGGUGUACGGUAUUUGGCCAAGCAGUGGUGUGUAAUGUCACCUGACGCCAGCAUCACAGACCCCAAUCUGGCUAGCAGCAUCAGCUACGCCUGCUCCUACACCGAUUGCACAAGUCUCGGAUAUGGAUCUUCCUGCAGCAGGCUGGAUGCCAGACAAAACGCUUCUUAUGCUUUUAACAUGUACUACCAGACUAUGGAUCAGAGGAAAGGUUCUUGUUCAUUUAACAACUUGUCAGUUGUUACAAACCUAAAUCCAUCUCAAGGUACCUGCAGAUUUGAGAUCAUGAUUGAUCUGGGCAAGCACGAAACUGCACCUCGUAGCUCAUUGGCUGGAAAAAUUCAAACCUCAACAAUGGGUCUCAUUGUAGUCCUACUAUUGAUCAUUUAUGGUGCUUUCUGAGUUAAAGUCACAAAGCCUGCACCAAUCUUCACCCCCGAUUAGGAUUUUUCAUGGUUUUCUUAUUCUGAAUUUUUUAAUGCUCCUGUAGCUCAGUUUCUUUACAAGCAUAGCAUCUUCAAUUCUAUGAUUAUUUGUUCCAACAAUGUAAAUAAAGAAAUCACAUAUUCAUGAUUUGCAAA